UAUAAAAUAAUGAAGAAACUCGAACUAUUCUCGACUAAUUCCAAACUUUCUUCUUCCAGUUGUUCCUAGCCUGUACAAUCCUGAUGACAUCAGCAUGGACUCCAUACUACCCAGGGCCGAGAGGACCAAUGAGGUUCACGCGGUAUGCGCCCUCCCCACAUCAACUGCGUCAACAGCUACCCCCACACCCACAUCUACACACACAGUUGCAUCCUCACUUACGUGCACAGAUACAUCCUCAGCAUCAACUGCAAAUACACUCGCAGCCGCAUUCUCAACCGCAUCUACAGCCGGAACAUAAGAAUCCUGUGGAAUCAACAGACGUAGACAAGAAAGAAAGGCAGCGUCCGAAGCGUGGUCACGACGACUACGACCACGACCACGAUUACGAUCAUGACCACAAAGGCACCAGCGGGGUCACCGGACCCGUACACACUUUUGUCAAGACGGAUAAGAAUGCUAACUACAAAUGGGGAGUUCGACACCAUGUGGGGGACAAAUACGCAUCUUAAACCCAAGAGUAGAGUCCCUUAAAGAGUUUGCUCUUAUAAUUUAUUUAAUUGUACUUAUAGAUGUUAUUGUCGUUUACUUUAAUUUAGAUUGAUAGUUUUUUUACGUUAUUAUAUUAAUUUAAGAUAAAUUUCGAGACCGAAAUAAAAGUUUCCUACCAAAAAAUACAUAAUAAAUUUCAGAAUUUGCUUUUCUAUUUAACCUAAAUCUGAGUCAUCCCAUUAGGAGAAUAGUAAGGACAACCAUUCCUAAACUAAGCAAGGAACAUUUGCUACGACUGAACUUUUUAUACUUACAGUCACUGUAUCGGAAUGCAAAGCAUCCCACUUACCAUCACUUAUCCCAUGAAGUCAUCAAAUCCUACUACUUCUAAACCCUAGCUUGUAUAGCACGGUUAAUACAAAUGACUAAUACCAGUCCUCGGGCGCAUUGCAAGUAGCCCGCAUGGUUGAAAGACUUUCCCUUUUGUUGGAGAAACACGACGCAAAUUCAUGCGUGGCCGUGCCGUUCUGGCUUACAAAAACCAUGGAGAAUCGUUAACAAUCAUUUCUGAUUUUGUGGA